AUGUCUUUGGAACAGGAGCGGGACGCUCUUCCGAAAGAGGAAAGUGAAAUCCGCAACGACGCUUCUGACGACAAUUCGUCGGAAGGAGGUGACGAUGUGAUGGACGACUCCUCUGAAGAAGACGAUGACGACAACGACGAAGAAGCCAUGCAGAAAGUCAGAGAAGGGUUUAUCGUGGACGAUGACGAGGAUGAUGAUUUAGCUGGACUGCGCAAGAAGCGUAGAAAGCACAAGCGUAAGAGAGAGAAGGAGAGGAGCCAAGCAGACCCCAACGAUGCUCUUGACGACGACGAUUUGGAGCUCUUGAGGGAGAACUCGGGCGCAGCGCCACUGAGACCAUCACAGAACAAGUUUAAGCGUCUUAAAAGAGCUGCUCCAGAAGAUGAGGACGGCGAAGACGGAGAGGCUGAAGAACCCUCGGCAGGAAAGCCUAGAGACAGACUUACAGAUUUCUUCUCUGACGACGAAGGCGAGGCCGAAGAAUUGGGCGGAGACGAAGAUACCGCUCGUGCUGGUCGUGAUGAGGGCAAUAUCUUGGAUGAGUUUGAGGAUUUCAUUGAGGAGGACGAGUUUUCAGAUGAAGAAGAAGCCAGAGCUCACAAGUUACAGCAGCAGAAGGAACGUGCCAAGCGGAAGGGUCCUAAGUUGGAUACUCUGAAGCUUUCCAGUGUCGACCGAGAGAGUUUGCAGCAGUUGUUUGAAGUGUUCGGUAACGGUGCUGACUACGACUGGGCAUUGGAGGCUCAGGAUCUUGAGGAAGAGGGCAACAACGAGCAAGAGCCUACUGCAUUGGACGAGGUCUUUGAGCACUCUGAGUUGAAGGAUCGUAUGCUUACAGAAGAGGAUAACUUGAUCCGUAUCAUUGACGUUCCUGAACGUUUCCAGAAGUACAGAAGUAACCUUAACUACUUGGACUUGGAAGGUGUCGAAUUACAGCGUGAGAAGAGAUGGAUCGGUGAUAUUCUUUUCGCUGAAAAGCAGCAAACCUUCGAUGGUCCACUCAAGGAGCCUUUCUACGAAGCUGUUGGAAAGGUGGUUGAGUUCAUCUCCAAGGAUAACUGGGAGGUUCCUUUCAUUUGCGCCCACAGACGUGAUUUCUUGAUCUUCACCGAAGAAGUCCCCGAAGCUGAUGGAUCUGUCCGUAAUGUUGUUCACAAGUUACUUUUUGAGGACGACUUGUGGCGUAUCGUUCGUCUUGAUAUCGAGUACCACACUCUCUACGAGAAGAGACUCAACACAGAAAAAAUAAUCAACGACUUGAAACUCGAUGACGACCUCGUCAAGGACAUUCAGGCCAUCGACACCAUGGUGGGCAUCCAAGACUUGCAAGACUACAUCAACUUCACAUACUCUGCUGAAAUCAAAAAGCUAAGUGAUAACAAGGAAGAGGAACAAGAUGGCGAAGACGAGGACAGAAAGCAGGGCAAGAAGCAUUCCAAGUACGCCAUUUACGAACGUAUCAGAGAGAACGUUUUGUACGACGCUGUCAAGGGUUACGGUAUCUCUGCCAAGGAGUUUGGUGAAAACGUCCAGGACCAGUCACUCAAGAACUACGAGGUUCCUUACAGAAUUCAUGCCACUGAUGACUCUUAUGAGACUCCCGAUGACAUGAUUGAGAGACUUGUCGAGGAUGAUGAAAUCUUAUUCAAAGACCCUAAAAAUGCAUUGAGCGCUGUCAGAAAGACAUACGCCGAGGAGAUUUUCCACAACCCCAAAAUUAGAUCUGAGGUGAGACAAGUCUACAAGAACUUUGCCUCUAUUUCUGUGACAUUGACCGAGAAGGGCCGUCUGAGCAUCGACAAUCACAGCCCAUACGCAGACAUCAAAUACGCCAAAGGCUUCUCUCCUGCUGAUUUGGUCAGUAAGCCUGAUGUCUUGCUCAGAAUGCUUAAUGCCGAGGCUAACGGUUUGAUCAUCAUCAAGGUCGAGACUUCUGACUAUGAUAGCUGGUUUCAAUCUAUUCUCAACUGUUUGACCUCCGAUGGUACAUCGGAAAUUUCCGAGCAGUGGAACAAGGAGAGAGAAAGCACAUUGGCUAUGGCCUUUAAGCGUUUGACAUCGAUGGUUUCCAUGAACACUAAGGAAGACUUGCGUCGUGAAUGUGAGCGUCUCGUUGCUGCUGAGCUCAGAACCAGGUUCUUGUCCAAGGUUGACCAGGCCCCAUUCACUCCUUUCGGAUAUGACAAAGGUACGAAGCCUAAUGUCUUGGCUCUUUCUUUCGGUAAAGGUGACUUCGACAGUGCUGUUGUUGGUGCAUUUGUCAAGGACACUGGCAGAAUUAGCGACUACUUCAAGUCUGACAACAACCCUACCAGAGAUAGAGAAGGUGGAGAAAGGUUCGCUGGUCAACUUAAGGAGUUUUUCGACACCAGACUUUACAACCAUAAGCCAGACGUCAUUGUUGUCUCCGGUUACAGCGCCAACACCAAGAGGCUUUAUGACAUUGUCAAGAACUUUGUUUCCAAAUAUGAAAUUCUUUGCAAUGUGGAUGAUCUUAAUGAUGCUGCAACUCCUCCACUUCUUCCAGUGAUCUGGGGUCAGGAUGAAACUGCCAGACUUUAUCAAGGUUCCGAGAGGGCUCUUAUAGAACUUUCAGACAAGCCCCCAUUGGUUAAGUACUGUGUCGGUUUGGCCAAGUAUGUCCAGAGUCCUUUAUUGGAGUACGUUUCCCUUAAGGAAGAUAUCUUGUCAUUGACUUUCUACGAACACCAGAACCUUCUUUCAGAUGACGCUAUCCACGAGGCAUUCGAUACCGUGUUUGUGGAUAUUGUGAACAUGGUGGGUGUGGAAAUCAACGAAGCUCUUCGUGACCCAUACUACGCACAGCUUCUACCAUUUGUCGCCGGUUUGGGUCCAAGAAAGGCCUCCGGUUUGAUCAGAAAUAUUAGCUCGAAGCUUGGUACUUUGACCACCAGAAGUGAUUUGAUUGAGAAUGAGCUCUCUACUGCCAACAUUUUCUUCAACUGCUCGUCUUUCUUGAGUAUACCAUACGAUGAGGGUGUUACUGUCAUGGACUCUUCGAUCGAGUUGCUAGAUGCUACUCGUAUUCAUCCUGAAGACUACAGUUUGGCUAGAAAGAUGGCUGCUGAUGCUCUUGAUUUGGAUGAAGAAGAUAUGGCCCAUAUUGAUGAACAGGGAGGUAUCAUUUACCAGUUGAUGCAAGAAGGUGUGAACAAGGUUGAUGACUUGAACUUGACAGCAUUCGGUAAAGAGUUGGAAUCUAAGUUUGGUAAGAAGAAGUACGCUACUCUUCAAAGUAUCAAGGAGGAACUUGUGAACAACUUUGAAGAACUCAGGAGAUCAUUCCACUUGCUUGAUCUCAUUGAGGUCUUCCGCAUGUUGACGGGUGAGACUGUCGAGAGUUUCAACAGAGGCACGAUCUGUCCUGUUACUGUCAACCGUGUCGGUAAGAACUUCCGUGAUGAGAAUGCCAGAGUCAAAUUCUUGCGUGUCUCCACGACGUCACUUAUUUCUGGUACCGUUGAAGAGGGUCACAUUUUGAAGAACUCUGAUUUCCAACAAGGCCAAGUCAUCCAGGUUGUCGUGUUGGACGUCAACUACGAGGCUUUCAGUGCUACCUUCAGUUCGCUUCCAGAGGACAUUAAGAAAGCAUCUGGUCCUAAGUUCCUUAAGGAUCCUACCAAGUGGGACUUCCAGCAAGAGGAACUCGACAAGCAGAAGGAGAGAGCUAAGGAGAACGCCAAACUUGCUAAGACAAGGAACGUUCAGCAUCCAUUAUUCCACAACUUCAACGCCAGACAGGCAGAGGAGUUCUUGGCUCCACAAUCUGUUGGUGACUGUGUCAUUCGUCCAUCAUCUAGAGGUCCUGAAUACUUGACCGUCACAUGGAAGGUGGCCAACAACUUGUUCCAGCAUCUCAGUGUGAAAGAAAUCAACCACGCUGGUGGUAAAGAGUACGUCGUUGAAGGUAAGAAAUAUGCCGAUUUGGAUCAGAUGGUUUUCCAGCAUGUCCAGGCAAUUGCCAAGCACGUCAACGAAAUGUGCCGUCAUCCAAAAUUCCGUGAAGGUACUCUUUCAGAAGUCCACGAGUGGUUGGAGUCUUAUACGAAAGCCAACCCAAAGAACAGUGCUUACGUCUUCUGUUACGACCACAAGGCCCCAGGUUGGUUUUUGCUUCUAUUUAAGGUCAACGUCAAGACGCCGGUGACUACGUGGCACGUCAAGACAGAAUGCAACGGGUUUGUGUUGAAGGGGUUCUCGUACCCUAACAUGAUGAGAUUAUGUAAUGGUUUCAAGCAGACAUUCAAGAGUCUUGUCAAUGAUAAGUCGAGGGGCCACAGCCAGCCUUACGGCGGGUACGGCUACUAG